CAACGCAGCAUCAGUGCCCAACAAUCGUGUGUAGUGCGUGUGUGUUUACAUUUUUUCUGCCGUAGCCAAAAUUUUCCUCUUUUAGCCAAAAAAAAAGCUAUCAUUUAAUUCGAUCCUGAUUGUGUUUUUUGCAUUUACGUGCAGAUUUCCUUCGCGAGUGAAGAUAUAGGGUAUAAUCAAAAGUUUGCCGUUCCGUUUCCUGACGCAAUUGCGAGCAAUCUGCUGCGGUAAGCAGCGCGACAGUGCAUGUGCUUUUUGUCCCGUUUUGCGGCUUCCAUCAAAAAACGUAAAUAGCAAUCCGAUUUGUUUUCAGAUCGCUAUCAAAGGAAAAUAAUCGUGAAAACCACCGCGCCCAAACGCCACCCUUUGCGACGUACUCGGGAAAUUUUAAAUGCGUCACCAGUAGAGCACCCAGCAACACUACAAUGACCGACAACAACAACUUCCACAUCCCGCAGCACGUCAUCAAGCACGAAACCAUCCAGUCGACGUCAUCGUCCCCGCCGCAGCAUCAAUUCCAGGUUUACUACCAUCACCAACCGGUAGCGUCGUCCGCUGUAACGCCAUCAACGACCCCAUCGUCCGGUCAACCGAAGCUAUCCACCACCACCCUGAAGGUAAUCGAAACGACCUCCGUCGAACCGAGCACCGGAGCUUCCGGUGGUUUAGACUACAGCACGCAUCACCUCCUUCCGCAGCAGAUCAUCGAAUACGAUCCGGUCAGUGACCCGAACCAUCCGGUCAGUGUGGUGAUCGAGCAUCAGCCGUUCGGGGAAACUCAACCCACCAUCGAACAGCAGGAACGGAGUGUGAUCGAAGCGCUCUGCCAGCAAGCUCACCAGAAUCGGAUCCAGCAAGAACAGCAUGUGUCAAACAAAGGUAAACGGCCCCGGUUGGACGGUCAGCAGCAACAGGAAAAUGGUUCCGACCAUCUGAGCGAUGAAGAUCACGAUGACGAUCGUCGACGAAAACCGCAUCACGGAUCGGCGCAAGGCGGCGGCGGCGGCGAGUCGAUUGAAGAACAGGAACAGAGUAUUAUCGAAGCGCUCUACCAGCAGCAGCAACAAAAUCAGCUGCGAAAGCAGCUCACCCAUCAACAACAACCUCUGCCCUUUCACCGGCAUUCGUCCACUCCGCCUUCACGUUCGAUUUCCCCCUCCCAGUCACCGACCGUAUCUGGAACUACCGAUAGUGUCGCCUCCCGUAUCUCAUCUCAAACCCUAUCGGGCUCCGGAUCAGGUCAGCAGCAGCAGCAGCAAUCUGCCCCGCACAUCGCCCAAGCUAUCUCAUUGGCGCACAUCAACCAGAGCAACUUUAUCGCGCGACUCAUCAGCAAGGAUAACAUUCUACUCAUUUCGGAAGACCUGAUCGAAAUCGGACGGAACUCGUCACGGGCGCAGGUUGAUUUUCACGUUGGUAGAAACAGUUUCGUGUCCCGGAAGCACCUGCUGUUGCAUCACGAUCACACCGAUGGGGAGUUUUAUCUGUCCUGUCUGAGCAAGAACGGUGUCUUUAUCGAUAACGUUUUUCACCGGAAAGGUGCCGAGCCGUAUCAGUUGCCAAAAGUUUGCAGCAUACGCUUUCCCAGUACAAAUAUCAAAAUUCAAUUCGAGAGCUUGUAUCAUAAAAGUUCUUCUGAAUCGCGUGACCUGCUGGAUGCCUCCAUUGGACCCUACCCGGCUGGCAACGCUGGUGUACAAUCUCUUGGCAAUGGUCCUGGAUCUGGUCAGGCAGCAUCUAGCACGGGUGGUGGCGGUGGUGGUAACAUGUACGCCCCGCUUAAAAUUUCCAUCCCGGCAGAACCACCCAGUUCGUCGUCGAUGGAACACAUGGACCUUAGCAGCCGCGGUGGGGAUAACGGAAAAAGUCCCUACCCGUCACCGACGGGAACGAUCAGUGCGGCCAACAGCUGUCCGACCAGUCCCCGCCAAGGCUAUCAUGACUUUUCCGUGUACGGUGUGGGUCACGGUGGUGGUGGUGGUAUGGGAAUGGGACCGGACGGUGGUGGGGAUAUUGGCGGCGGGCUGGCAUCCAGCAGCGGAGCGGUACAUAGCUUUAACGAUUUUCAACCGCCUGCAACGUCGCAAUCGCUGGAGAACGAAAAACCACCGUACAGCUAUGCCCAGCUGAUUGUGCAAUCCAUUUCGGCCUCGCCGGAAAAGCAGCUAACGCUGUCUGGAAUCUAUUCGUUCAUCUCGAAGAACUACCCGUACUACCGGAAUGGGGCCAACAAGGGCUGGCAGAACUCGAUUCGGCACAAUUUGAGUUUGAAUCGAUACUUCAUCAAAGUCCCCCGAUUACAGGACGAACCGGGCAAGGGCAGCUUCUGGCGCAUCGAUCCCAACAGCGAACUGAAGCUGGUAGACCAAAGCUACCGAAAAAGACGCCAGCGGGGCAGCCAAUGUUUCCGGACACCGUACGGUAUGCCCAAAUCGGCUCCAGUUUCGCCCACUCCGAUGGAUCCGGAAAGCCGGGAGGGUUCACCACUGAACGAGCUGAUGAUGCAAUCGGCACCCGGAUCACCCGGUCAGGUUGCAGCGAAUACCUACGUGCACAGCAGCACCCACGGCGGUAUGACUGUCCAUUCCGGGCAGGAGGAUACUUCUUUGAAUCAAACACCACCAGCACCACCCACCCACAAACGAGCGAACAAUUCCCAGACGAGUAAGAAGAUCGCCAAGCAUCCGGCAAAUGCUAAGACACAGCCAGCAACAACAACAACGUCAUCAUUGGCAACGGAAGAACAAAAACCUCUGUAGAUAGGUCGCAGCCCCACUCUGGCAGUUUGCACUUUUCUGAGAUUUUCCACAACUCUUCGUUACAACCAACAUACAAACCCAAAAUUGUAUGCUAUAUUUAUGUACUGUAGAGGUGUAAGAAAAGACGAAUACGAACAAACCAUUAUUGUGUUCGUAUUUGAAAUUGUUAGUAAGCAGCAUCAAACCCAUGGAUGGAAGAAUACAAUGCAAAACAAAACUGUUUCAA